GAACGCAGAGACUUCGCGAGACGCGACGCCACCAACCCUAGUCCCGGCCCAACCGAAGCGACGGAAGAGACGCGGCACGCAGCGGGGCAGGGAGGAGCCGGCGGCAUGAGGGGCAGCGCGAUGUUGACCGCGCCGCGGGGCGCCGGCACGGCCCCGUCCACCCCCUCCUCGGCGGCGUCCGCGGCGGACCUGGCCGGAGCGGGCGCCAUCGGCGGAGGCGGCGGCAACUUCCCCCUCGCCGUCGCGCUCCUUGCCUUCGCCUUCGCUAACUUCAUCAACCUCCUCUCCAUCUGGUUAAAGGAGAAGAGAUGGGAUGCAAGAAAAUUUCUUACUUCAGCUGGAGUCAUGUCAUCUCUUUCUGCAACAGUGGGGAGUUUAGCUGUGGCAGUUGGUCAACAAGAAGGCGCAGAUAGUUCUUCAUUUGCCCUCGCACUGGUUUUUGCUGCCGUUGUAAUGUAUGAUGCGUCAGGAAUUAGAUGGCACACAGGUCGCCAAGCUGCGUUGUUAAAUCAAAUAGUUUGUGAUUUCCCACCAGAACAUCCAAUUAUUUCGACCUUUAGGCCACUACGGGAACCUCUUGGACACAGCCCACUUCAGGUUUUUGCAGGAGCAGUUGUUGGUUGUGCUGUUGCUUACUUCACGGGAAGAUCUGUAUAAGAAAUAGUGGGCAUUUGCCUUGUACACGAAUUCUACUAUUUUGAUAUAAUGAACCUUUUUUUAAA